AGUUUUAAACUUCAGAUAGAAAACGAAACUUUAUAGCAGUCGAACCCCUUUUUCAGUCAGUAUAUAUUACAAUCACAACACGUUAGGAAUCGAAAGAUGAAUCAUGUCUGCUGAGAGUACCGAACAUGAAGAAACAAACGUGGAGCUGGUGAAGCUGCGUCGCAGCAGCCGCAUUAGGUUAAAUCAGGAGAGGAAGCGUCUGAUGAGCGAGGAGCAGCAGCAGAGUGCGAAGGGGAAAAUCAAACGAAUGAAGACCUUAUAUGCCAGACAUCUGAACAUGUGCAUGGCCAAGCGCGCUGAGGAGCAAGUAGAGCAGCUGGAGCAGGAUAUCGAAGCAGCGGACUACGGGGAAGAGACGAAGGACUGCGAGGAACAAUUACAAAAGGAAGAGAAUAUAGAUCAGGUAUUGGAGACCAUCUCCCAGGAGCUGCUACUAAGCUCUCAGCAGGCUGACAAUGGUAAUCGGCGACUAGGCUUCUCCUAUUGCGUCUGCGCCGAUCUCAAUGGGCAACUAUUCAAACUAUACGACCUGCCCGAUAAAUUCGAGUUCUUGAUUCCAAAAAAUAGCAAUACAAAUGGCAAUAGUCACAUAUAGCUAUAUAUUUUUCCCAAACAAA